AUUCUCCCUCCCUGCGCGUGCGUGCGUGCGUCUGUCUGUGUAUGAGGGACGCAGGCUAAUCUCUCACCCCGUACGCCUCUCUGUCCCCGGGAAACCUUCUCAUGACAGGGCGGAUCUGAGCCCGGUGGACACCCGGCGACCCCCGCAGAACCGAUCGCGGAUAUCUGCUCCCCUCCCUCCCCCUACUGUGGUCCGGUUGCCAUGGAGAGCUCAUCGGUGGCAUCAGCAUCGUCGGAGGCGGGAAGCACUCGCUCGCAAGAGAUCGAGGAGCUGGAACGCUUCAUCGACAGCUACGUGCUCGAGUAUCAGGUGCAGGGACUUCUGAGCGACAAAAACGACACGGACCAGGAGGUGGACAAGACCCCGUCCCACACCUCACAGUGGACAGAGGACUGCAGUGAUAAGGUUGAUGGGAGCUGGUCAUCGUCGAGGGGGAGGGGUUCAUCCAAACCAGAUGAAUGGGAGCACAGCAGUAAUGGCAGCACAGGUUCUAGACCCAGUUCAGGUUCUCGACCCGGUUCUGGUUCUAGAUCAGGCAGCAGAGGACAAAACAAUCAGUUUAGAGCUAAGAAUGGAAACCGAGAUCCUUCUCUUGACAUCCUGGGAACGGACAUUUGGGCUGCUAACUUGGAAUGCCACGGAGGUGCUACGUGGGACAUGCAACCAGAGAAACUUGAUUUCUCACAGUUUCACAGGAGGGCGUAUAGAGGGACACCAAAACAUCUUCCACACAUCGACAGAGAGGGGAUGAUGAAGGGCAAAUUUGACGAUGAUGAUGGUAUUGACCUGGAGAACAUGGACAAAUUCCUGCCCACCCUGCCGGUCUUUCCUCCACUGCCGAAUGAAGCUGAGAUCGCACACGCAAAAAAACUGUUUCGCCGGCGCAGAACCGACCGUCGCCGAACUGUCCCGCCCCAGGAACAACUCACAGUGCUACUGUCACCUGAGGGAAAGCGGCAUGUGUCCAGGAGACAACAGCGUCCACCUGGAGGAGGAGGAGGAGGGGGUGGGAAACCCCAGAUUCCUCAGCUGCAGGGACCCCAGCAGCAGCAGCAACAGCAGCCGGCCAAUCAGACGCAACAGCCCAAUGCAGACCACCAAUCGGUUAUGUGCGCUAAGCACGGUGGGCGGGGAUACCAGGGACAGCAGAACCAGGGCGGGCGGCAGGGCGGUCCGCAUCACGGCUACAGUCAGAACCGUCGCUGGCACCAACAUCCAAAACACCAGACGAACAAUUUCAAUCAAGGGCCCCCAGGGGCCGACAGGGCCCCAACACGUUAUACCAAAGAGACCGAGAAUGUGAAACAGGAGGAGCCGGAGCUUCAGACAGAGAGAGGAGUGAAGGACGAGCCGGUGAGAGAUCACAAACAGAAGAAUGAGAAAGAUGAAAAAACAGAAGCUGGGAAGAUCUGCUUACUACAGUCCUCAAAAGAGAGACUACAGAGAAGAUUAAAAGAGGAGGAGGAAGUUCCCGUGGCGACGGCCGGACCUCAGCAGAACCGAAUGGAUCGAUUAUUAGAGAUUUUGAACAGUAUGAGAAACAACAGAAGUGAUGUGGAGUCCCAGCUCACCACGUUUAUGGAAGAAGCGCAGAGCUCGGCAGAUUCAGAAGAGACUCUGAAUGAGAUCGUUCACACCAUUUAUCAUAAAGCCAUCAGCGAUCGAAGCUUUGCAGCCACUGCGGCCAAACUCUGUGACAAGAUGGCACUGUUCAUGGUGGAGGGCACCAAAUUUCGCUCUCUGUUACUCAACAUGUUACAGAGAGACUUCACGCGUCGUGAGGAGUUGCGCCAGACGAAUGUGGAGUGCUGGUUGGGUUUCAUCACAUUUUUGUGUGAAGUGUUUGGCACCAUGAGGAGCAGCGCUGGAGAGCCAUUCAGAGUCCUGGUGUGCCCAAUCUACUCCUGCUUAAGAGAGCUUCUGGAGUCUCCUGAGGUUAAGGAGGACGCUGUACUUUGCUGCUCUAUGGAGCUCCAGAGCGCCGGCCGGUUGUUGGAGGAGCAGCUUCCCGAAAUGAUGACCGAGCUGCUGGCCGCCGUGCGGGAUAAGAUGUUGUGUCCGUCCGAGUCCCAGCUGACGCGCUCUCUCCUGAUGGAGGUUAUCGAGCUUCACGCUCACCGCUGGAGUCCACUGGAGGCUCUGACCACCGCAUACUACAACAGAACCAUCCAGAAACUCACGGCAUGACACAAACACAACCCAACAACUAACUUAACUUUCAGACAAACCACUAGAGGCCAUAAACACGCAGAACAGACACACGUACACAUACAGACGACACACACCAUCAAACACAGUACUGCAGCCCAACAUGAAUGAGAGAGGGGCAUUAUGGGAUGGGGGUUGGCCGAAUGGUCAAAGUUCAGAGGGUGAAAUAUGCAGAUUGAAAUGAAUAUGUAUUUGUUUUCACUUCAGACCUGCAUAUUCAUGAGUAAAUCCAGACAAGAGGACACAAAACCAGACAGUCAUUACACACGACGCAGACAGACAGUCCGUCAUGUUUGGGUGUGUGUUUGUGUUUUAGAGGAGCGUCUCAUAAAAAACAUGGUCACAUUUUACACCGAAAUCAAAAUAAAUAUUUUCGAUCUAUAUAGAGAAAAUAAAACCUGUUUUAAAGACAUUUUUUGCAUUAGGAUAUGUAUGACUAUUAAGCAUAUUUUGCCACAAAUUUGCAUUUUUUUAUUGUGAUUAUUUACAAUGGUACUGUUAUUUAGUACUUUACUGUAUGUCUAGCAAAUACUGUUUUACAAUUAUUAUUUUUAACACUUAAGCUGUGUUUAUACUCGCGCUUUGGUCCGCAACGCAAGCCUCCGCGGAUCGCACGUGCGUUUCACCAAACGGACGAUGCGUUUAUAGUUGACACGCUCGCUGUUGCACUAUUUUUUUUAACCGCCAGGGGGCAACGCGAGUAAUCAAGUCCAAAACAAACACAAAGAAGAGAAGUCGUCCUCCACUGGAACAAUAUAUUGAUAUAUAAAUAUGAGAACAUGAAUAAAACAACAAUCUCUUAAAUAUGUCUUUAUUUAAUUCAUGUUUUUACUAAACAAACAGUACAGACAUCUUUAAAGUUUGUAUUUUAUUCCUCGUGCAGUGGUUCAUUCAAUACAAAAAUAAGCCAAAAAGAUACGUCACAGGCUUGCCUGCUCGGACAGAAUCUCAUCGAGUUCGGUCAUUUUCGGAUGCGGAGCCGCGCGCGCAGUUACAAAAAAUGCCGUGCAUACCUCCACGCGAAAUUGGGUCUCGCGCACCCAACGCGCCCGCCCACUCCGUGUUGACGUCAUUUUUGCCGAGCGCACCAACACGCCCUUGCGGACAUGGCGAGUAUAAACAUAGCUUUAAAUCAACGCAAGUUACAGAAAACAUUAUACUAUGAAUAAAUAAAUGUUUUACAAUUUCAUUCAUAUUACAGUCAUUAUUAUUUCUGCUUUAAACUGCAGCCAUUUUUGGGGUGAAAAGGUGAUUUACUUGAAAUUAAUAUUACUCUGGCAUUUCUUUUGUUCUUGUUUUAAAGAAGACACUUUAAAGUUUUUCACGGAAGUGUCUGGAGGUGAAAAAUUAAAUAAAAAAUUGUAAUAGCUGUUUACAAUUAUUCUAUUAAAUAAUGCAAUAAAGUAUAUAUUUAUACAUAAAAUUAUCACAGAAAAUGAGGUUUGUCUCACACUUUUAGUGGUUUUACCGACAAUGACCACUAGGUGUCAGCGGUUGCUGCAUACUCCUGUCACAAAUUCAUUAAUUACUGUCACUGCAGUAUUAUUACGGCUAAAAUGUUUUGAAAUAUAAAAACUACAUUCGUAGACCUUUCCAAUGCUAUAACGUUUUUUAGUGAUAGAUUCAAAUUUACAUGCAAAAUAUUGAAGUAAUCUCACGUGUCCUGCUCACGGGACAGCACCAUUUAAGGCGUUUAACAGUUGUUAUUAUUAGAAAAUUAUGAUUAAGAAAAUCUAAUGGAAAACAAAAAAAAUAUUUUCAUUUUGGUGUAAAAUGUGCCACAUGUUCCUGAAGGGUUCCUAGAGAUUCAUCCUCACAAUGAUAAAUUAUUAAGCGAAGGGCAGUUGUGUCUGCAGACAGUUUGUAAGCCUGAGGGUUGAGCUCAGUCCGUCCAUCCCACCCCCCUUCGGUCCCUCGGGUAUCGGGAGCACGCCGUCUCCCCACGGGGGUGUCCAGCUGGGGUCACGUCAGCUCCAAAGAGCGAGACCUUCUUUUGUCACACACACGGCAGAUGGCUGAAAGACUCUGAAAGGCUUGGACGCACACGGUGUGUGUUUGUGAUGAGGACACAUUGAACAUAAAGUGCUCAGAUUCUCUCCACGAACGUCAGUUGGAUCUUAGCGUUCUGGCCUCUCGUCCUUGUUUAUAAUGUGUUAUAUUAUUAUGCAUUAUUGUUAAUAUUAUUACUCUUUUCUUUUAUUGUGUUUUGUUUUUUUACGAAGAGCGUGUAAAUGUUUGUGUAAUGAACCUCAUUUAUGAACAAAGCAGAAUGCAUUUCGUCCAUGAAACCAUUUUUGCAAUUGCAUACUGUUAAUGAAAAAAUGGUUUUACAGACGAAUACUUAAAAAAAAAUUCUGUGGGAAUUGUUGAUAUGAACAUACGUAGGAAUUGAAUUUUUACAGGCAUGUCUUUUAUGAAUGAGGUUCAGUGUUUGUAGCCGUAGAUCUGUUGCACAGGAUUCAUUUGUUUUGCACUGUUUUAAGACAAUUGCUUUAAAAAUCGAAAAAGAAAAAGUGGGUUGUAGAGGAUUUCGAAUGUUAAGCAUUUUUUGCUCUAAAUGAAUUUUAGGUUUUUAAUGGUUUUGGGGAGAUACUAGUGGCCUUUAAACCCCUGCGAGUGUAAUGAUGAAUCUUUGAGAGACCUGUGCAGCGAAGAGGAUUUUGUUUUUUGCCCUGCGGCGUUCAGUUUCCUAAAUAGAGAAAUCUAAAAAAUCAAGCAUGAGUGAAAACUAAAUAUAAAGACCAUGUGCAAGUCGUUCUGUUUGAAACUGUUUACUUUAACAAAUUUGUUUGAUGAAGAUGGCGGUCAAAUCUUUUAACAGAAUAUAUAUAUAUAUAAUAUAUAUCUAAUAAGUGUCAAUUUCUCUGGCUUUGAUGAUGACUCUGUGCAUUAUGAUAUUGAAUUAAUACGAGCCAGUCAUCUAGUUCUAUAUAAGCUAUGUAAUCUUGUAAACGGCAUAUGAAUUUGAAUAUUAAACAUAGGAAGUGUUUCGAAUUCAUUGGUGGACUCGUUUAUGGAAGGAAACACAAGCAGAACCUCUUUUGUGUUGUUGUGGGCUUUUGUGUUUUAUUUGUCUUGUAUCAAGAAUUCAAAUAUGAAGAUGAACACACGCUCAUGAAAACAUGAAAGGUCACAUUACUAAAUCAAGUCUCAUUUUUGUAUUGACAGUACACAGUUUUUAUUGAUUUAUUGUUUUGAUGGUUAGGCACAUUCUUUAUCUCAUGACAUUUUGAUGUUUUAGCUUUAAUGCUUGUUAUUUUCAUUAAUUUUAUUAGAUUUUCAAUGCUGUGAUUUUGUUUCUAAUUUAGCAUUGGUAAAAAAAUCACUUUUUAUCAUGAGAGUAUUGGGUUUGUGUUUAAUUGUCAAUUCAAAAUGUCAUUAUGGUACUGUAAGAUUAACAUGUAAUAGUUUCAUGUGAAUGAUUUUAUGUGCACACACAGGUGAUGUAUUGAAGAACGGAUGCAUGUUUGUGAGCGUGUGUUUGUCUCUUGAGUUUAUUUUAGUUUUUAAUUGAAUUGGCUCCUGACUUUAGCUCUCAGCACUGUCAGGGUGUUUAUGUUGUUUGUGGCAGACUCUCUCGAACCCUUUGACUCUUUAAGCAGUGCGAGCCACCAGGAUUGUUGAAUGCAAAUCAUCUUCAUUUGCAUCUUUUAGAUGUACAAAGCAGGUGUGAAAACAAUGUCAGCUGACCGAACUGUAGUUUUGGGCUUAUUAAAAAAAGAUGUCAUCAGAACUUUUUAUGCAAGUGAAAAUAAAUGAAGGGGUGUAAAAUGGA